UCUCCCCCCAAUUGGUUGCAACCUCUUUGUCUCUCUCACUCCCUUCACCGAAAGAAACGAGUAGAAUGAGAAAAAAGAUAAGUGGUGAAGAAGGAAACCAUGAGAAUAAGAAAGGUGUGUGGACAGUUGAGGAGGACAAGAUCCUCAUGGAUUAUGUCAAAGCCCAGGGCAAAGGUCAUUGGAACCGCAUUGCCAAAAAGACUGGUUUGAAGAGAUGUGGAAAGAGCUGUCGAUUGAGAUGGAUGAACUAUCUUAGUCCAAACGUAAAGAGAGGCCAUUUCACAGACCAAGAAGAAGAUCUUAUCAUUAGACUCCACAAGUUGCUUGGUAAUAGGUGGUCUUUGAUAGCUAAAAGAGUUCCAGGUCGAACGGACAAUCAAGUGAAGAACUAUUGGAAUACACAUCUAAGUAAAAAAAUUGGAAUAGAAAAUCAAACAAUCAAAUCGAUCAGCAAUCAGAUGAACAAUUUGGGGAAUAUGACAGAUGCAUCCAAAGAAAGAUUAUUCAAUGUGAAAUUUGAUAAUAAAAGCAUUCUCGGGGAUGAGAGAUUGCUUAUGAGCGAAGGUCUUGGCCAUGUCCAUCAAGCGAGUUCGUCGCUUUGGGGUCAUCAUGAGGAUGCUUUUGAGCCUAACACACUCACCUACAUGAUGGAUUUCAUUGAUGGACAAUGUUAUUAAUGUUUUUUUUUUUUGUUUUAUUGGCUGCAUUUUAUCUACU